AUGGACCCAACUCGGCCACAUUCCCCUCCCCUCCACCGAUAGAUCCAAGUCACCCGAUGCAAAUGCCAUCGGCGCCGCUCUCCGCGGCCGCCGCCGGCGCCCGCGUCAGCCGCCGUCCGAACCUCUCCCUCCUCGCCGACCGCUGCACCACCACGCGCGCGCUGGCCCGCGUCCACGCGGCCAUGCUCGUCUCCGGCCGCCUCGCCGAGAACGCCUUCGCGGCGUCUCGCCUCCUGACCGCCUACGACGCGCUGGCCCCGGACCCCGCCGCCGCCGCGCUCACGCUCCUCUCCUCCGUCCCAAUCGCCACCAACUCCUUCAUGCUCAACACCACCCUCCGCGCACUCGCCUCCUCCCCGGACCCUGCCGCCGCGUUCCCCUUCUUCGCGCGCCUCCGCGCCACCGGCGCCCUCGCCGCGCCCGGCGGGCACACCUUCUCAUUUCUCCUCAAGGCCGCCGCGCGCCUCCCGCACCCGCUACCCGUCGCCGGGCAGCUCCACGCGCUCGCCGUUCGCCACGGGGUGCACCUCGACGCCUACGUCGCCAACGGGCUCGUCCGGGCCUACUCCGUGGCCGGCCGCCUCGGCGCCGCGCGCAGGGUGUUCGACGAGGUGCCCGAGCGGAACGCGAACCUGCACACCACGGUCGUCUCUGCUUACGCGCAGAACGGGCGGCAUGAGGGCGCCAUGGCAGCAUUCGACGAGAUGGUCAGCGAGGGGUUUGAGCCCACCGGCGCUUCGCUGUCAUCUGUGCUGUUUGCGUGCGCGCGGUCCGUGUCGGGCGGGCUCCAGAUGGGGCGCCGCGUGCACGACCUCAUGGUGGCGCGGGGCAUGGCAGAGGGGACCAUCCUCGGCACGGCGCUCGUUGACAUGUAUGCCAAGAAUGGCGCCAUCCAGGAGGCGGUGGCGGUGUUCGACAGGAUGCCGGAACGGCGCGCGCCAGCAACUUGGAACGCCCUGAUCUCAGGGCUGGCGCACCACGGCCAUGGCAAGCGCGCGCUGGAAGUGUUCGAGAGGAUGCAGCAAGAGGGUGUGCUGCCGAAUGCGAUCACACUCGUCGGGGCGCUCUCAGCGUGCUGCCACGCAGGGCUGCUGGAGGAGGCCCGCCGGCUGUUCAGGUCCAUGAAAGACUUUGGAAUCGCUCCAGGCAUCCAGCACUACGGGUGCAUGGUCAACCUCCUCGGUGGGGCGGGGCUCCUAUCAGAGGCAGAGGAGAUGAUAAGGGGAAUGAAAUGCAAAGCGGACACCAUGAUAUGGGGAGCACUUCUGACAGCUUGCAAGAAUCAUGGUGACGUCGAGAUCGGCGAGCGGGUGGUGGUGGAGAUGCUGAAACUGGAUCCUAGCAACCAUGGCGUGUAUGUUGUGCUGUCAAACUUGUAUGCAGAAGCUGGAAGGUGGCAGGACGUGGAUAAGCUGAGGAAGGUGAUGAAGGGAGAACGGCUGUCAAAGAUCCCUGGGGCUAGCACAGUCGGUGGACCACCAGAGCAACUGGAGAUCGCCACCACCAGAUAAAAAGGUGCUGGUCUAAUUGCACUGGCUGGUGGCUUUGUGUCCACGAAGUGAAGAACAGAUCUGCUGCAAGUUUGUGAUAAGAUAAAGCUGCUAUGAGAGAGGAAAAGAUGGAUUGGAGCAAAUGCAUCUUAAGAUCAAGAUUGGACAACUGACAAUUGUAUAAAACAGCACGAAGCAUUGCGAAGACCAAAUUCUGCACUUUUGACAAUAUGAAUAUCACCAACAUCGAGACCGGAUGAUGGCAAUACUAAUUCCGUGGUAAUACACCGAUGAGUUGUUUACAGAGGUCCAAUUUAGCAUGACACCAGUACGUAAUCACUCUACUUAGUUGCUAAAAAAUUCUUCCUAGAAAUCAGAGGAAGGGAGGUGCUAUACAGUUGAACCACAAACUCAGUUAUGUUCUCCUACGCAUUUGGUAUUUUGGUCACUAGCAAAGCAGGCUGUAUGAUGGCAUGUCUUCGAUCCGCAUCACAUCGUCCAGCAUGAGCUCCCUCUCCAGCUGGGUUCGUGUUGACUUCAGUACCUCCUACGAGUGGCAUCACAAACAUGAGACAAGUAGAUUUGGGUUCCAACUGAGGAUGAGAUGUCAAUAGGCAGGAAUUUACAUUGAAGUCCAUGUAAGAGGCGUUCUUGUCAAGCCACUGCUUGUCCAUCACAACAAAUGCGACGCAGUAGAGCAGAUCAAAUGCCCACUCAUCCUCUAGGACAAGGAAGUCAAGAGCAAUUCGUUGGAUACUGAAGGUACUUUCAGAUGUCAGAGCAAAAGCACAAAAAAGUUGCUAAAACAGUCCUACCUGAAAGCAUUUGAAUAAAAAUGGCUCGGACAAAUGUUCUUGGCUUUGCUGCAGUCAAUAUUAACUUCUUGUUAGAAAAAAUAAAUUUUUAUAGUCAUAACAAGAUGGCAUUGGAGAGUCUGGGUCAGUUCUUACUUGACUGGAGAUCAAGCAUCUGCAUGAUCAUGAAUGUAAUGUUUACGCCAGCAACUGCAAAUGGGUACUCCCAUGUGGCUCUGUUACCGCACUGUUUCUUUAGCAGCCUCUGAAAUGAGGCCUGCGGAAAUAAAAUUAGAUGGUUCCUCACUAGCAAGGGAGCACAUUCAAAUAAAGAAAAGCUAUCGCUAUAUACUGCUUACAGAGAAUGUCUUGGCAAAGAAUAGAAGGUUCUCCAGAGAGAUGAAUCCUGCACCUCUGUAGCAUGUAUUGCAGUGUCACAUAACUUGACACUUUGAAAGGUACUCAAGAGAAUAUUUAGUUUGGAUCAAUCAAUAGUGUACCUAAAGUCAGUUGAUGGGUCUCUUCCUUGCCAACCCAUGUCCUUCCACUGUUCCGAUAUCAAACCUUGAAGUUCUUGAUCAGGGUAUGUCGCAUGCCAAAGAGCUUUCAGGGCUUCCUGCAACCGUUAGUAUUACUACUCAUCAGGAUUCAGUAGACAGAGAGAAGAACAAAUAGAAACAUAACUAUACAGAUGAAGAUGCCAAACUCAGUACCGCAGCAGUAAACAGUUCAGCACUUGCUAAUUACUAUUUGGUAUGCAUGAUUUAGUACGAUUCAAUUAUGCAACUAAAUCAGUUCUUAUGUUAUGUGGCCAUACUAUCUUAGAAGUAUGAUCAAAAUGAAGAGUUAAUCGCAUUUCAACCUACUAAUGGGUUCAGUUCUUAGAAGUAACAUUGCUCGUAAGUCUUCAAUCUGUGCAUCAAAACCCUCCAGUAUCAAGGAGAGCAGUUGUCCAGAAAAGCACAAUAUAUCUGCACUUAACUGAUAAUUAGCAGGGUAAGUGAGAUAACUUAUUGUGCCCUGUUCUGUUUGA